AUGAACCGCCGUAAUGAUGCCAGUCGUGGCGGUAUCAAUACGUUCAACAACUCUGCUGGAGGCGACGGUGUGGUUGAGUCCCUGGACAGCGACGAUGUCCAAAUCACCGCUGUAGGGGGUGGUGGGGAGGGGGGCGUUUCCGGCUCACCCCGAGCUGGAAACGUGGAUGAGAAGAGUGGCUUGCAUGAUGUUGUUGAAGUUGUUGAAGACGAGAAGGGGAAACUAGGAGGCGAGAAGAGAACUGAAAAGCCAAAAAAGAAGGUCUACUUCUUCGCCAGUGCUGGAAGGCGUGAGCCUCCGGUCGGUGGAGCUGGCCCUGGAGAUACCUUUUGGAAGAAAGCACUCUCUAUGGCCCUUAAGUAUGCCAAGUUCAUGGGUCCGGGAUUCAUGAUCUCUGUGUCUUAUAUGGAUCCUGGUAACUACGCUACCGAUGUUGCUGCUGGUGCUGCCUUCAGAUUCUCACAUUUGUUUGUCAUCCUCCUUGCAAAUAUUCUCGCUAUCUUCCUCCAAUCGCUCUGUGUCAAACUUGGUAGUGUCACCGGUGUCGAUUUGGCUGAGAACUGCAAGAGAAGUUUCCCACGAUGGCUCUGCUGGACACUUUAUUUCUUCGCCGAGGCUGCGAUCAUCGCAACCGAUAUGGCCGAAGUUAUCGGUUCCGCGAUCGCAUUAAAUAUCCUUCUUAAAGUUCCGCUUGUAGCUGGUUGCGCUAUCACUAUUCUUGACACUUUCAUCGUCUUAUGGUUCUAUAAUGCCGAUGGUCCCGUCAAGCACAUUCGCUGGUUCGAGUUCUUCGUUGCCCUCCUGGUUUUCGGAGUCGUCAUAUGUUUUGCUAUCGAGCUAGCACAUAUUGAAGACACUCCGGUCGGUGAAGUUUUCAGAGGUUACCUUCCUUCGAAGGCCGUAGCUUCAGGAAACGGGUUGUACCUCUCUUGCGGUAUACUUGGCGCCACGGUGAUGCCUCAUUCGCUCUUCUUGGGCAGCGGUAUCGUUCAAGCCCGUAUGAAGGAGUACGAUAACUGGCAUGGCAAUGAAAGUACCGCUACUGUCGCUACUGAAGACACGGCCAUUACCAUUGAACGCAAGUACAAGCCUACUUUGGAGGCCAUUAGAUACACCAUGCCUUUUUGUAUCACCGACAUGGCGGUCUCACUAUUUACUUGUGCCCUUUUUGCAAACUCUGCAAUCCUUAUUGUCUCCGCUGCUACCCUUUCUAACACUCCAGAAGCCCAAGACGCUGACUUGUUCAGUAUCUAUGAGCUUUUGGUUGAGAACCUUGGCAAAGCCGCCGGUAUCCUCUUUGCCGUUGCUCUCCUUUUCUCGGGAGAAUCUGCAGGAAUAGUGGUUACGCUUGCUGGUCAAAUGAUCUCUGAAGGAUUUCUCAACUGGCGGAUGAGACCAUGGCUUCGUCGUCUCAUCACACGUGCUAUCGCCAUCCUGCCGUCCAUAGUUGUGGCCGGAGCGGUUGGGCGAAGGGGCUUAGCAGAGGUUUUGAAUGCCAGUCAGGUCACCCUUAGCAUUAUCCUCCCCUUUGUGACUGCACCAUUGAUUUGGUUGACAUGUCGGGCAAAGUAUAUGCAAGUGGAGGAUCCUAAUGGCGAAGUUAUUACCAACGAUCAAACCGGGGCCGAAGACGGGGCAGUGAGAAGACGUUCUGUGGAUAUGAGCAACAACUGGUUCACUUGUGCAUUCGCGGUUGUAGUCUGGGGCUUCAUUGCUGGUUUGAAUGUGUAUUUGAUCAUAACCUUGGCGAUGGGUAAUGCUUAA